AUUUAAUUAAUUGUCGAAAGACUGGUUUGCAAAAUGAAUGUGAAUAAUUAAGCAAUAGACAACAGUCAACUUUCAAUUUACUCUUUCAAAUAUGUAUUAGCUAAGUUUCGUCAUGGAUUACCAGCAUCUUUAAACAGUAGAUAUAACUUUAACUUACGUCCAAGAUAUUAAUUUAAAUUAUUAAAGGUUCUAAAUUGACAUUUAGCACAUGUGAUAUUGGAUACCUUCAACAUUUUUAUUUUAAUUGAAACAUUUAAAAAAAGCAAAAAUAUGUCGCAGAAUCAGUCGUAUUUCUGGCAGACUACUAGACACAAUGUCUAUUUGAAGCGUUCUGCUAAGUAUCAUUUGAUGAUGGCUCUCAUGGUUGUUCUUGCAUUUUCAACUGUAUGCCUUGCAGAAUUAGACCGAAAUUUCGAUGAUGACAGCAGAGUAAAACAAACUGAAGAAGAAACUAAAAUGCCAAUCCAUCCUGAAAAUGCUCUAAAACCAAUAAUAAAUGAACAAAAUGUAGGUGAUUCCCCAAUUGAACACAAAAUUGAAACUCCAAGUACCAAGGGCACUACGAGCGCAUCUAACCUUGGUUUCAUUCAUGCUUUUAUCGCAUCCAUUUCAGUCAUUUUAGUUAGUGAAUUAGGCGAUAAGACUUUCUUUAUUGCUGCCAUUAUGGCCAUGCGGCAUGCAAGGCUUACUGUUUUUGUGGGAGCCAUCGCAGCGUUGGGUCUCAUGACUGUUCUUUCAGCAGUUUUUGGCAUGGCAGCAACAAUUAUUCCUAGGGUUUAUACAUACUACAUUUCAACAGCAUUAUUUGCAAUAUUCGGUUUAAAAAUGCUGAAGGAAGGCUAUUAUAUGAAAGCUACAGACGCACAAGAGGAGUUAGAAGAAGUGCAAUCAGAUUUAAGAAAACGAGAAGAUGAGCUCAAACAAAAAAUGCAUGGGGGUUACGAAGAAACUGAUGGUAAAAAAAGCAAGCGCAAAAAUAGUAACAACGCUACUACCUCCGAUACAAUUGGUACCCGACUUGCCUCCAAUGCAGAAAUGCACCACCGUCAACGAAAACAAGCUGCGUCCUCUUCAACUGCCAACAAUAACAACAAUGAAACCGAAAGUGAUGAAGGUGAUGAAAAGUCGAUUCAGCGCCGUGCAAUUCUUCCAAUUUCGACGAAUGCAAUAAUGAAUAAUCUCAACGAUGAAAAUACAGCACCGAAAAUUUUACAAAAUAACGGUAGCCCAUCUUUUUCUACAUCGACAGUUGAAUCAACUGUUAAAAUCAAUACAAACUGUGAUAAAUUGCCAUCGGGUAAUGGUAAAGUAUUAACUGGCGACGGGAAUGGGGAACCCGCUGCUAUCAUAACCAGUGAAAAUCCUGGUGUGCAUUCAACUACCUCACACUCCUCAGUGGACCUCAAUACCACAAAUAGUAUAAGUAAUAAUAGCCUAAGUAAUACUACUGCUGGUCAGUCUAAUGGCAAACUUAGUAAUUGCGAAAUUAAGACAAACGGAAUGGAAUUGAAACAACUUGGCAGCAAAAAACGGCUGGAUCGCGAGGUGUCAUCAACUUUAGUUCAAGACCCAGAAAGUGGAGUCAUUCGAAAAAAUGCAAAAAGAUCAGGCACAUAUAUGGCAUCAAGGAUAUUUAUGCAAGCCUUUACAAUGACAUUUUUGGCAGAAUGGGGUGACCGUUCGCAAUUGACAACUAUCAUUUUAUCAGCUCGAGAAGAUGUUUACGGUGUGAUUGUCGGUGGAGUUCUUGGACACUCAAUGUGUACAGGUUUGGCAGUUAUUGGAGGACGAAUGAUUGCACAAAAGAUCUCUGUUAAAACUGUAACAAUAGUUGGUGGUAUCGUAUUUCUUCUGUUUGCCAUUACAUCAUUAUUUAUGAGUCCUCAAGAAGAUUAAAUUUCAAAUAGAAACAUUUUGUAAACAAAAAAAAACAUUUGGCUUUGCAAAAACAGAAAAGUUUAAAACACCCUAAAACAAAUUUUGUAACACCUAAGAAACUUGUAUUAAUUUAGAUUAAAAAGUGCCUUCAUACAAGCUCUUUAUAGUAUUUUUCUUGCAUUCAAGUGGUUGAUUUCUUCCAUGAAAUCAUUCAACUCAAAUUAUUUACUUUCAAAAAUACAAAGUUUAAAUAUUCUAUGAUUUAACAUAAACAAGAAAAGGCUUAUUUAAUACUUAUUUUUUUGUCUGGGCGGAAAAUUUUGUAUGUGAACUUUUGCCCUAGUGACAACUGAAUUAGCUUGAAAGCUUUUUUUGUUGUGAUUAACGCCAUUUUAAAGUUACAAUUUUACUUCAUGAUUUACGGAUGUAUAACACAACGUUAAAAUGUUAUUGACUGUUUGUAAAUCCUUGUAUCUUGUAUAUCCAAAUUAUUUUCAGCAGACGAAAUGAGAACAUAACUAAGGAUCUGUGAAACAGAACAGAUUUUCUUUAAACUUUUUUGCAAAGUCAGAGAUAAAAUUAAUAAUUGCGUUCAAUAUCAAAAGUAUUUAAUUUUAUUGUCAUUUUAUUUAAAUAGCUUUAAAAUUCUUUUUAUUAUUAUAUUUUGCCAAUAUACUUAAUUGUGUAAUUUUCUUGUAUAGUAUUUUAUGUUACAUGUAUGCAUUAAUAAAUAUCAGACCGAUACCUAAGAACUUA